ACCACUAUUCCAUAGUUUCCUUUCACACACUCAAAUCACAGUCUCAACCCGCCAUUAACGCUGGGACCAGCUUACAAUCCCAACAUUAUUAUUAUUAUUAUUACCUGCAUCUUCUUCCAUCAUUCUCAUUUUCAUAAUUCAACAACCACCUCUCUUUUUUCAACUCCUCUCAAAUUCAUACUAAAUAAAUAACUUCCCCAUUGAUCACCAUUGCUUCAUCUGCAACAUGGCUGGAACACUUCAGUCCCCUCGAGUUGAGAUCGAUACAUCCCCGCCUUUUGGCUCGGUUAAGGAGGCUGUGACCCGGUUCGGAGGACGUGGUUCGUGGAUUCCUGUUCAAGUUCCUCGACUUGCCGGUCAUGAUCUCGAAGAAAUCGACAUGGAAACAGUAGAGAAACAAGCUGCAGAUCUAGAAAAAGAACUGAUCACCAAAGAACAAGAAACAUUUGAAGUACUCAAAGAACUCGAGUCAACGAAAGGAGUCAUGGAAGGACUUAAAGUCAACCUCAUGAAAGAAGUCUCAUCAGUCCUCAAUUCGAAUCCGGAUUCAGGGACUGUGACACCCGUUGACAAGUCAACGGAUAGUUUGACCGUGUGUCCACUCCCAUUGCCACCUGGCGUCAUCUUGACGGAGCUAAAAGAAGCAAAGUCGAAGCUAAAUAGAACAACCAAUGAUCUUGCUAUGAUCCGCGCUUCUGUUGAAUCUUUAAACAAAAAAAUGCGAUCCCAUAAGGCGAACUUGGCUGAAAAAGAAGUGGAAACCAAACGCGUGAUUGAAGAGUCGAUAGAUGUUUCAAACGGGUCAAACAAAUUGACAUAUGAAGCACAACAGUUUAUGAAAAUGGAAGAGGCUGCACAAUAUGAGGUGAUCAAGGCAACAUCCGAGAUUGAGCACACGAAAAUGAGUAUAAAAAUGGUGGAAAUGAGGUUAAUUGCGGCAAAAAAGAUGGAGGAGGCUGCUAGAGCUAUGGAAGCAGUGGCUUGUGCUGAGAAUAUUGGCGGUGAUAAACCGAUGAUUCGCGAAGGAAUAACGCUUUCGUAUGAAGAAUACUCUGAACUCUCGCAAAAGGCGCAAAAAGCCGAACAAGUUUUUAGGAAAAAUGAUUAUCAUAGGAAGGAUGUUAAUCUGUCUACAAUGGGCUUUCUCAAGAAUUCAGUUGAUCAAACAGAUGAUGUUAAAUUCAGCAGAAAGGCCCUUGAAGAGGCUUUAGGGCCUAGAACAGAUGCUGCAAAUGGAAACAAUCUUGAAUACAAAAAUGGUAAUAAUCACUCAAAAACCAGAAACUUAACCCCGCUCCGUGGUUAUACUCCUCGACGAUACGAACCAUUGAUUAGGGAUGAUUCAAACUUGAUCAACAAGGAAUCAAGGCCGGUUUUGAGAACAAGUGUCUCAAUUGGUGAUAUCUUGAGCAGAAAACUUAUCCUACAAGAUAAUAUAGUUGUUCGCGAGGAUGUUGAAAGUCAAACCCGAAGAGAUGAUGCAUCUUUAAGCGAAAUGCUUCGCGAACAAAGCAGUCUUAUAUUUCAUGAAUCUGGAAAAACCGACAAAGAAGGUAGAAUCGAUAAGCAGUUCUAUACUCAAAGGAAGAAAUUUGGUUUCAUUCAUGUAUCACUACCUUUAACCAAACAUAACAGGAAGAAACCAAAUCCACAACCUCCACAUGCAUUAAAUAUUAAGUAUCCUUAAUUUUCUUGAAGUUAUGAUUGUUUA